AUGGUACGUAGAUUAACACCGGAUUUACUGCAAACAUACGACAAAAUAAUCAAUGAUCAAUUGGCAAGUGAUUUUAUUGAAGAGGUGGUGGACGAUGAUGCUAAUCGUGGUCAUUAUCUUUCUCAUCGUCCAGUAAAAAGGAAUUCAACUACAACGCCGAUACGUGUAGUUUACGACUGUAGCUGUAGACAGUUAAACGAUUAUCCCAGCUUAAAUGAUUGUCUACAAACUGGGCCUCCGCUAUUGAACAGUUUAACAGCCGGAUUAAUGACAUUGCGAUCUCUAGCGAUAUUGAGAAGGCCUUUCUUAAUGUGCGACUACAUGAAGAAGAUCGCGAAUUCACGAAAUUUUUGUGGUUAA